AUGUCGACUGAAUCAUUUCUUCCAGCUGGCGCAAUCACACUUCGUGAUAAUGAGGCGAGUGAUCUCGAUGACCGCAACAGUGCUUGUUGGGCCAAAAGUGUUGAGAUCGUCAACCACACCGUAGUCAACGGUAGUGCGACAAAUAUCGGGGCUUUCGUAGUGUGGAAUAUACGUGUCGAAACUCUCAAUGGAAGUUUCAUGAAUAUUCGGAAACGUUAUUCGGAGUUUGAUGAGUUUCGAUAUCGGCUGGUGCAGACCUUCCCCGGCUUCGAGGCAGCUGUUCCGGCUCUUCCGCCUAAAAGUGUCAUCUCUAAAUUUCGACCUCGAUUUUUGGAAAAGAGACGGGCUGGUCUACAAUAUUUUCUCAAUUGUUCCUUUGUGCUGGUACCAAGUCGGAGUUGUCACUACGCGGCUUUUGUUGAUUGGGAGGCCAAGACAGUACCAAGAUUUGGCAUCCAUGGGGAAAGGAGUCAAGACUCUAUCAACCCCAUACCAGUUGUCUGCCAAGGCGGUAGCAGCUGCGCUCAGCGGCAUGUCAAUACUGGGCGUUUGAGAUGUCGUGACAGAAGGGGUCGGACACAGCCGUCAGAGCACGGCAUGAUGUUCCGAUCACUUCACGGGCUGUGCAACUUGGACAUUCCAUGCGGUGAAGUAACUUUCUUCCUUGGACCAAGCUCUCAUAGCGACAUGACAAUACGGCUGAGCAGUAGCCAAAAAUUGUUUAAGCACAGAGUCUAG